AUGGAAAAGGUCAUUCAUGGCCUCUUCUCAGAUCUCUUCGACAGCCACGUCCACUUGUCUCCUCACCAUUUGAGGGAAGAUGGACAUGUCAUUCCAAAGGUCCUCCCUUCCGAAGUCCGACAUGCCAUCAUGUCGGUAAAGAAUAUUACUUCACGCGGCCCCGACAGAAUCAAGCCUGAACAUCUGAAGUACCUACCGCCAGUCCUCAUCAACACACUUGCCAGGCUCUUCACUCGUUAUCUGUCGGAAUGCAAGGUUCCUAAACAAUGGAAAACCAGCAAGACCCUGCUCUUGUAUAAGAAUGGAGACCCACAAGAAAUCGGCAACUAUCGCCCAAUCUGCUUACCGUCUGCCAUCUACAAGCUCUUCACAAAAUUAAUCUUAAACAAGAUAGAAAGAACAUUAGGUGAAGGACAGUCAUGCGAGCACACAGUGUAUCGAAAAAGGUUCACUACGAUUGACCACAUACACACGGCUUCACAACUCAUAAAAGUAACGCGAGAGUACAAGAUACCGCUGUGUUUCACUUUCAUCGAUUCGAAGAAAGCCUUUGAUACAGUUGAGACCAAAGCGGUCAUGGAGGCCUUGGAUGAUCAAAGCACCCUAUUUCAUACAUAA